AACAAAAAUAUGAUGCAAUAUAAGACCUUAAAAUAAACUUGAUAUAUAUUUUUAUAAAUUUUCUUUGUCUAGCAUCAUGCGUGCGUUUUAUAGGUUAAGAAAUCAGUGUAACCAACAGACCUAUUCUAAGCGACAUCUGUUAAUAAUGAUAUAAUGUUGGCAAGUCUGUUUGGCAUAAAUAAAUGUCAGAAUAUACUCAAAACCAAUUUUGAAUAUUCCUUCUUCUUUAUUUUACAAUGAAUAGAUUUGAAUAUGCUAAUCCUCGUCUUUUACCAAACGAAUUAAACGUUAGACGAGAUUUUGGUGUUCGUUUGUAUGAUGGAGAUGUUAAGACACAAUUUGAAGGUGGGCAAUUGUAUAUUACAACUCAUCGAGCACUGUGGGGAAGACCGGAUGAUAUACCAAGAGGUAACACCUGUCUUUCACUACCGUUAAGAUAUGUAGUUUUUCACGAAGAGGAAUCUCCAGGUCCAUUUUCUUUUAGACGUAACAAUAAAGUUAUUUUACAUCUCUCUGAACCGUCUCCUGAUAAAAUGCCAGGACCAGCGGAGAACAGUGCCUUUAACUAUAUCAAAUUAUCAUUCAAAGAAGGUCUGGAUUCUAAUUUUAUAGUAGAAUUAAGAGAUGUACUUAGAAAAAGAACCUGGGAAUCUGAUCCUCCUAUUCCGUAUCAAUUAACCGACAUGAACAUUCAAAGUUUACGUAUUACAUCUAAACCGCUGCCACAGAUAAAAACAAGAACGGGUAUCAUAGGUAUCGAAAGGAGUCUUCAAGAACAACAAAAAGCAACCGAUGAGAGUAUUUCUAAGGCAUUCCAAGAUCUUAAGAAGCUUAUGGAAAUGGCCAAAGAUAUGGUGGCAAUAUCUAAAACCAUCUCUGCAAAAAUAAGGGAGAGACAAGGAGACAUCACGGAGGAUGAGACGGUUAGAUUUAAGUCUUACUUGAUGAGUCUAGGUAUCGAUGAUCCCGUAACAAGAGAUGCUUAUAAAAGUAGUAAUGAAUAUUUUAGACAAUUAGCUAUGCAACUUGCGCAUAUCCUAGAAGAACCAAUCAAGGAAGUAGGUGGAAUGAUGACACUUACUGAUGUUUACUGUCGUGUUAAUCGAGCUAGAGGAUUGGAACUAUUGUCUCCUGAAGAUUUGUUAAAUGCUUGUAGACAAUUAGCAUCUUUAAGUCUUCCUAUAGUGCUAAGAAUCUUUGACAGUGGCGUUAUGGUUCUUCAAAUUCGAUCUCACGAUGAUUUUGCUGUUGCUGAUUCUAUAGCAGAUUUAUUACAGGAAAGAGGUUCGUUAACUGCGGAAGAACUCGCACGAUCCGAAGGAAUAUCUGUAUUAUUGGCACGAGAAAGAUUAUUAGUUACAGAAAAACAUGGAAAAGCUUGCAGAGACGAUACGAUAGAAGCAUUAAGAUUUUAUCCAAAUUUAUUUCUAGAAGAAAACGCGUAACGCUUAAUUAUUUUGACAUUAUGAUUGGCAUCAUGGAAUUAUAAACGAACGCAUCAGCCUUUUAUUAUUAUUAUUAUUAUUAUUAUUACUAUCUUAUUCAUUAAGUAUUUGUAUAUUUCUCGUGCCUUUAUAAGCCGUGCACAAUUAAGUCCAAUGCAAAGAUAACAAAAAUAAAAAGAAAGCAAUUUCUAUCGUCCUCGCAGCGUGUUCAACAUAGCUUGUUGCAAAAACAAAAGAAAAAAAAAACAUAAAUGUUAUAUUUAAGAAAAAAAAUAAA